AUGUUAGGCAAGAGCCUACCCGAGUACAUCUUCAUCCGACUGUCCAUCCUCGGCCUGCGCUCAGUCUUCCCGGCAUGCGCCCUCUACCUCGCGCGGGAGAUCUACCUCUCACAUAGCCUCCUCUCGCCUUUCAACUUGUACGCCUUGGCAGAGGUUCUGUUCUACUUCCUUGUCUUCCUCCCCAGAUCAUCACGUCUACAAGCCGAAGCCGUAAGCGCCCCGCGCCUCAACGCCGAAGAACGGCGCGCCCUCUUCGAGCGCUGCCGCACAUGCAUGGACGGCGACGCCCUAUCAGGCUGGUUCACCUCCGCCUCCACCUCCACCUCCGCCGAUAAACGCGUCAAAAAAGAAAACAUGGCAGAAUGGCUCAACUGGUCGCUGUUCUCGACCACGUCGGAGCUGGCGCGGGAGGAGUGGAAGGAGGAGAUGGAGUAUUAUCUGUCGUUCUUCGACGCGCUGUUUGGGUAUACGCUUGAUGUGGGGAGGAAUAGGGAUUUGGGGACGUUGAGGUUGGCUGUUGAUCCGGUUGUGGCGUGUCAUAGGCCGCUGCUUUGGUACGGGGUCGUAUGCCUCGUAGAUGCACUCACGAGCACCGCGCUUUGGAGAAUGGGCUUCCGGCACUACAACGUCAACGAAUGGUUCACGGCCUUCCCACCGCGGCCCAUCCUCUCCCUCGUCUCCGACCACAGCUCGAACCCCGGCAUCCCGUACUGGUACCGCCCGCACAAUUCAAAAGACAAGCUUCCCAUCCUUUUCCUGCACGGCAUCGGCAUCGGCCUAUGGACCUACACCGACUUCUUCCGCGAACUCAUCGACAUAGAUCCAGACAUCGGCGUCCUCGCCCUCGAGAUCCUCCCCAUAAGCAUGCACAUCACGCACCCGCCCCUCCCGCGCGCCCAAAUGCACUCUACCAUCACCCGCAUCCUCGACGCGCACAACCUGCCCCGCGUCGUGCUGAUGUCGCACUCGUACGGCACGGGCCUCAGCGCGCAGAUCCUGCACGAUCCGGCCUUGGAAUCGAGGGUCGCGGCGACGCUGUUCGUCGACCCGAUACCCUUUUUAUUGCACCACCCCUCCGUCGCGUACAACUUCCUCUACCGCGCACCGCGCACCGCGAACGAGUGGCAGCUGUGGUACUUCGCCUCGCGCGACGCGGACGUCGCGCGCGCGCUGGGGCGCCACUUCCAUUGGUUCGAGAACGUGUUAUUUCGUGAAGAGUUGGAGGGGAAGAGGGUUGCGGUGUCGGUUUCGGGGAGGGAUCAGGUCGUUGAUGGGCACGCUGUGAGGAGAUAUCUGACGGGGGAUGACGUGGCCAGAACGUACUGGGAGAAGGAGGGGCUGGAGGUGCUUUGGUGGCCGGAGCUGGACCAUGCUACGGUUUUUGAUACGCGGGAGAGGAGGAAGAGGUUGGUGGAGGUUGUGGGGCGUGUGCCUUUGAAAACACCCGUGAAAUCGUGCGAUAUUCCGUCUACAUUCAAAGCCUGGCAAGGCGAUUGGGCGCUCAAAGGCCAGAACAUAUCAAGGGGCGAUCUGCAGCAGGCUUACAGUCAGGCACCAGAAGACUUGAAACAGGCUGUCGAGUGGCAGGUGAAAUGGGAUUCUCCGGUGGUCAUGGUUUCCGACCACAGUCGACGCUGGCAUGAGUACGUUCGUCGGAGAGAAGCGGGUACCCAUGAGGAUAUUCUGUCGGUGCACAAGUUCGAACAAGAAUAUGAUGCGGCAUCUCCUGCUACCCAAAGGGCCGUCCAACUCACCGUUUCGGCAUGGACUAGUUACAAUGGACCCGCCAGGUUGGAACCUCCUGAACGUGAUCGUCUCGCGAGCGUAAUUGAGGAUGCCUCUCCCUCCCUGAAGCUUGCUCUGUGCUUCGUUUUGAAGAUGGGCCUCGACCUCCCGUACCAACGCAUGCAGACCAUCGACGAGAAGAAAGCGAGCAUUCAACAAGUUGUGGCACAGCAUCGGGCACGUGUGCCUGCUUGGGAUGUGCGCGGCAAGGCAGCGGGUCUGUGGUGA